GUAACAUGGCUCAACAAAACCAACAUUACCAUUCCCAGACUGGCCACAGAUGUGACCUGUGAUGCACCAGGCGCACAAAAAGGUCAUCCUGUAAUCUCAGUGGACCUGCUGGCCUGCCAGCACAACUACCUGUCAAUCAUCCUCUACAUCCUCAUGACUUCGCUCAUCCUGAGCUUGCUCACCCUGUCCAUCUCCAGCCACCUCUUCCUGUGGGACGUCUGGUACAUCUACCACUUCUGCAGGGCCAAGCUCAAGGGCUACAACCGCCUAUACUCCCAGAGCUGUGUCUAUGAUGCAUUUGUCAUAUAUGAUAAAGAGGAUCCUGCUGUGUCGGAGUGGGUGAUGAAGGAAAUGUGUGUUCAUCUGGAGGACCGUGAAGACCACUGCCUUAGACUAUGUCUAGAGGAACGGGAUUGGAUCCCUGGAUGUCCCCUGAUCGACAACCUCUCCCAGAGCAUCCACAGGAGCAAAAGGACCGUGUUCAUUCUCACCAAAAAAUAUAUCAAAAGUGGCAACUUCAAGACAGCUUUCUACAUAGCCCACCAAAGGCUAAUGGAUGAAAAAAAUGACGUCAUAGUACAUCUCCUGGAGAAAGUACCUAGCAAUUCAAAGUACCUGAAACUGCGAAAAAGACUUUAUAAGCGGUCUGUGCUGGAGUGGCCAACAAACCCCCAAGCCCAGCCAUACUUCUGGUUUCAGCUGAGAAAUGUAUUAGCACUGAAGAUAGUGCACUGGUGA